UUUCCUGUAUUUCCAAACUUUAGUUUUACAUCAUUUUCUUCCUUUCACAUUCAUAACCUAUCAUCCAACCCCCCUCAUCUCUCUCUCUCUCUCAUUCACUUUGAGUUUGACCCGUUGCCAGCCACCGCAAACUCUCUACUCCAAUGGAGACCCCAUCCUGCACUCUAUCUAGAGGAUCUUCUCAGUGGAAAUAUUUUUUCAGUCUUCUCUUUUGCAGCUAAAAGCUUAAAUAACCUACCUUCUUCUUUCAUUUCUCUUUUUCUUUCCUCAAAAACCCUAAUCGAAGCCAUACACUGGCUCUAAAGGAAGAAGAAGAUAGACACAGAGAGAGAAGGGGCUCACAUCUCACAUAUGCCCUUAGCCUUUUACGGUUCAACCUGCUUUUGUUUGGUUUUCUGUUUUUCUUUCUAGACAUCAUAAUCAAGAUCUGUGCGCAAAUUUUCUUUUCUUUUCACAGAAACUUUUGUUGAUAGUGCAAGGCAAGUAAGAGAUUGUCUCACGUUCAGAUCAGGCUUUAAAAGAUAUGGGAACUUUCUUUAAAGCUGAUUUAGAAGACAUAUGCAAGACUAAUUCUUCAGCCUUCAUUUACUUAUUGAUGGGUUCUUCUGCAGCGUCCCCAUAAUUGCUCUUUCGAAUUAUCUUUUACGUCUGUGCAACUUGGCAACUAUCACCAUCUCCUUUUCAGGUUCCACCAUCAAAAACUAAUUUUCUUUUUCAUGUAAGUUAUGGAUUCUGGUAGUAGUGGUAGUAUGCAAUCAUCAAGUGGUGGUGAAGAGUAUGAUUCAAGGCCCGAGUCACUCCCAGCUUUCUUGAAUCCUUCUAGCCACUUCGGUCCUUUAUCUGCAAACCCCCAACACCAGCCUUCCCUUUUCAAUCACCACCAACAACCCACUUUGUUUGAUCCUUCACCAAAUCUUUUCCAUGCUUUCUCUCAGUCGCCAGCAAACCCAAAUCCCAGUACUCCACUACUAAAUCUCGACGUGGUCCGGCCACGGGGCCUAAGAUCUGACCCGGAUUGCACUGACCACAAUAGCAACCUUCUAGGUUCCUCAGCAUCAUCAAGCCAAUCAAUCUUGGGGGCUCAAGGAUCAAAUCAAGCUCCGCUUCCAUCUAUGCAAUUGCGAGCCGUACAAGACAAUGGAGCUCGCUCUUCUUCUCCUUCUGAUCCAACACAUGUAGUUGCCCGAAAUCCCAAGAAGCGAACAAGGGCAUCCAGAAGGGCACCCACUACGGUUCUCACCACGGACACGUCCAAUUUUCGAGCAAUGGUGCAAGAGUUCACUGGGAUCCCAGCACCACCAUUUUCAGGCUCGCCGUACUCUCGCAGGCUCGAUCUUUUUGGCAUAGUUGGGUCGAGUAUGAGGUCUGGCCAUUUGGAAACAAUGGGCUCAUCACUUUACCCUUUACGUCCCUCGGCUCAGAAGGUUCAUCAACAAUCUCCAUUUUUAUUCACCUCCUCCUCAUCAUCAUCAUCUUCUUCUUCUUCCUCUUCAUUGUUGAACAAUACUAUGGUUGAUGCUACUAAUGCUGCUACCACUACCAAUAAUAACAAUACAAUGACCUUAUCCAUUCCAGCCACAAAUAGUACUUUCAAUCCAGCUAGUUCUAUUAACUAUCAACUGCCUUCUGAUCUAGGCCUCUCCAAACAACCUCAAAAUAUGUUAAACGUGCAAAACCAAAUGCUCUCGUUUCAAUCACUUUUACAGCCUCCUAAUCUUCACCCCUCACUUAAUAUCCCUGGUUUGGGUGCAAAGUCUCAAGCGAGCAUGCCCUUACUUUCGCUCGAGGAACUGGGUAUGAGCCAUGGACAAAUUAAUGUAAACCUGAGUGGACUGCCAAGUCACGAAACAGCAGAAGGGAUGCGACUGAGAAAUGAUGGGGUACGAUCAAACAACAGUGGGAAUCAAGAUCACUUGAGGUGUUUUGACAACUGUAAGUUGAACUACUCAACUCCUUCAUCGGAUUUUCACCAUGACAAAGGUUUGGAGAAUGUUCCUCCAAGAGGUGAAGGUACGGUGGAUUCAUGGAUUUGCCCUUCAGAAUAGGAAACUAAGUGGCUAGUUUCAGGGAGUCCAAAAAGAGGAAGUAGACUAUUGAUCAGGAAGGUUUUUGCUGCAACUAAUUAACCAUGAUCAAAACAGUAGUGUGUUGCUGGCGAUCAUGGUCAUCCUGAUCAUGAUGAGGCUAAGAUUGUGCUUUUUAACCUGAGGCUCACCACUCCUUUGGCUUAAAUUACAGCACCAUCAUAUAUCAUCUAUUUCGUUCCUUCUUUCUUUCUUUCCUUCUUUCUUAUAAAAAUAAACAAGAAUUUUAGUACCAAAUUAUGAGACAUGUGUAGAUAUCUCCUUUCUUCUUUAUAAUUGGCAUUACACAUCAUUAUUAUAA